UGUGUCUUUUUUGGUUUAGUUUUCAGCUGAACCAGGUGAAUCUCUGGACAUUGUUGGGGUCAAAGUGGAGCUAAAAGAGGAUACUUCAAGACUUUACUGGACUCCAGCUCCACCUAAAAUGAACUUGGCCCCAGCAACCAUCAAGUCGCAGCUUUAUCCCGAGUACCAUGGUGCAUCCUUGCUGCAGGAGAGCCUGGGAGCAGAACUGCACACAGUGACGGGACUAGACAGUGAUGAUAAUGAUGAAACAGAGGCUGACCUGGAUGACGAAGACCUGAAGGCCAGGAACAGAGUUCUCAGUCGAAUGCAUGAGUCCAUGACUGAUCUGAGAAAGCUUGUUGCUGAAACCCAAGUUCAAAGACCAAAAACUGAUAUAGGAGGCAUAGUGGAUGGUUUUGACCCACAGACAGACGGCCAAGAGGGACAAGUUGCAAGUCCAACCAGAUUUGUGUCAGUGCUUGACAAAAGAAGACAGGAGAUUAAACAACAAGAUAAUGCAGAAGAAAGCAAUGUUGAACUAGAUGGAGGUAUGGAAAGUACAGCUGCACAGAAAGACCAAGAUGAAGGUGUCACCAUCUUCAGGUCAGUGUCACAUCCAUCAUUGUCACUUGGUGAAAAGGGUCUUAUAGUCCCUGCAGGGUAUGACAUCAGCAUGAAUGAGUUGAAUUACCAACGUGACCAGGUUGCUGCAAUCAAAGAUAAACAACAGGAGAAAGAACAAACUGAUGAUAGGGAACAUUCUCAGGAAAAGCCUUUUUCAGUAACAACUGUGACAUCACCAACAGAACACAGUACCAUAAUGGAUUUUCAGGGGACGUCACAUGAGUUUGAUACUGACGAGGGGAGGACAGAUGCUGGAGAUAGCAUGUCAAUACAAACAGGCACAACUGUUCCUAUAAGUCGUAGGAGACAUCCUCAAAGAAAGACAAGAAAAAAGACAAAAAAGGAGUUGGAAAGAGAACAGGCAAUAAGAGAAUUCUUGAAUCAACCAGCAAGGAAAAUUUCAAGACACAAGUCGUUCACGGAUAUAAGACACUUAGAGAGAGAAACGUUUUCGCAGAGGAGUGAAAGCAUCAGCAUCAGCACAAGGUCAGACCUGGAAAAAGCAAAAAGCCAACCAACAUUGUUGGACUUUGACGAAAUGAUGAAAAACGAGUUUACAGGGUCUGGUGAAGCACUGUUUGAUGAAGUUCGUGAGCGUACUUGGUAUGUGUGGUUCGAUGAAGUUUAUCCACCCACUCCUGCUAUUCCUGAAAUCAAAUUUGAUCUGCAGAGUUUGACUUCUCCCAGACCACACUCGCAAAGCAAGUCCACAGCCGUUGUUAUAGACAACGAUAUACUAGAAGACAUCCAAGUGAUCGAGCCUGAGAUAAGAAGCUCAGACCGGGAGCUGUACAACGCCCUUCAAGAGGAAGUUGAACGACUAACCGAUUUGCUCGAAACUACACAGAAACCGGAGUCUACUGCUAUCUUUUUAUGCCGAAGAGGUGCUGUCUUACGCAAGCUCGGAUAUUUGAAGAGGGCGUGGGAUGACUUAAACAGGUCUAUUGAGCUGGAACCUAAACUGCUGGAUGCUUACUGGCACAGACAUCUGUUGCAUCUGCUACAGGAUAAUCGAAAGUCAGCUCUGGAUGACUUGUCUUUCAUUAUCAAGCACAGUAGUACGCAGGCUCGAGCCUUUCGAUCCAGGGCAGAAUUGUAUCGUCUGGAAAAUGACGCCACAAUGGCCAUUGUCAAUUACUCUCAGGCGAUUAAGUUGAACCCAGCCGAUGCUGAAACCUACUAUCAGAGAGCAGCCAUGUUUAAAAUGCGUGGAGACAUGAUUCUGGCUCUUGAAGAUUACAAGAUUGCAGCCAAGCUUUUGCCCUCAAAGACGGACGCCAUGUUCGAGAUGGGACUCUUUCGUUUUAACAACCAAAACUGGACUGCGGCUCUGAGAGAUUUCACCCAACUUCUCCAACAAGACCCAGAAGAUUCCAGAGCUUAUACCUACAGAGCAAGAGCUCACGCCAAGACGGGUAAUUUUGAGGCUGCAUUAAAAGACCUUGCCGCUGCUGUUCAUUAUGAUCCUCAAAAUGCCGUCGCAUUUUACCACAGGGGCUGUUUACUGAGGAAGUAAGAAGCGUAAUUUUGCAGAUGUAUUUUCUUAUUUGUUUCUGUCGUCUCUAUGGUUGCAACUAUCAAUAACUACUUGUGUAACGCGAGUCGAGUAAUUGCUCACAGAGACUAUCAAAACGGCUGUAAUUGCUGAAGAACUCUAAUCUGGGUACGCUUAGGAAGUC